AGCAGGAGUCCAACCCCCUCACAUCCCAUUUUCUCUGGUUCUGAUCAAUGAAGAGAGAGAGAGAACGUCACAGUGUUUUCGUUCAGUACACGUUACCUCACACGCACUCUGAAGACACAGCAGCGAGAAAGGGCACCCGUAUCUAUCCGUUGCAUUACUAGCUUGUUUCUUUCAGAGAGAGCUCUGCAGACGUGAAAAUACCACGAUUCCUGCCGAAGUGGAAGUCUCGCCAGUUGCCACAGUCUUUCCCGGAUCCCCUUCAACCUUCUCGCCGCAUUUCUCCAUCCUAGGUUUUCUGGAAUGAGCUGUUUUCCUGCUUGCGUCGUUUCCAUGUCAGCAUGGGAACUGCCGUGUCCAAAAGGAAGAAUAUAAGAAACGAUGCGACAUCUUCCGUGGCAGCCAAAGUUAGAGCAGCGCGAGCGUUUGGAGAGUACCUGUCCCACACACACCCUGAGAACCGAAACGGCUCAGCCCAUCUCCUGUCUGACACGUUUGUGGGCCCAGACUCUGUCUCCCCUGGCGGUGCCCGUCACCACAACAACAACUAUCCAUACCCCCACAGGGGCUCUCCGGCCCCCCCUGAGUCCAGCCUGGUGAAGCAUCCACUGGACCACCUCCAGCCCCCGCCCGCCUCCGUCACCACCACCAAGACCCGCCUGUCUCUGGAGCGCAGCUUCUCGGCCGAGGAGGACCAACAGAAGUGUGUGGAGUGCGCCCUGCAGCCCGCCCGCGUCUACACCAUCACCGGAGAGCACGGUAUGCUGGGUAGCAACCGGGGCAGCAAGGAGAGCCUGGAGCUGGAGCUGCUGAAGGGGGCGUCGCCCCUGGUCCAGCCCUCCACCUCCCCCUCCUCCACCUCCUCCUCCUCACCCACCCAGCACCACCUCCGUCACGGUCACCGCAGCAACACUCACCGCGACGACGGGAGCCAUCGUCACGGCAACCCCGUGGCCGGCGGCAGUGGCAGCAACCAUCACACUCUGAAUGUUAUGGGUGGGGGAGCCUCCCACCAUGGUCACCAUGGCAGCCACCACCACCUAUCCCAGCAGCCUCUGUCGAGCUCGGUCAGCGCGCAAAACAUCCGCAGCUGGGGCGAGGGGGGCAAGGGGGACUCACGGGAGGACUGCAGCCUCAAUGUCGUCUUGGACUCUAGUGGGGCCCCGUCCCGUAGCCAGGGCUCCCUGGAUCUAGAGAGCUCCCGCGAGGCAGGCAAGCAACACAGGCGCCUAGAGAGGAUGUGCAGUGUGGACCGGAUGACUGGGCUGGAGAGAGAGGACAACAACUGGUACCCAAAAGACAAUAUGUUUAGCUUUCAGACUGCUACGACCACCAUGCAGGCGAUAUCGGCUUUCCGGGGAUUUGUGCAGAGAAAGAGGAGAGAGGGGGAGCUGGAUUCGGCUGAAGUCAUCCAGAGAAACUUCCGGAAGCAUCUCAGAAUGGUGGGCAGCAGGAGGAUGAAGGCACAGACAUUUGCCGAGCGUAGAGCGAUGAGCUUCAACCGCUCCUGGAGUGAUCCCACCCCUGUCAAGAAUGACUCUCCACAUGACCCCAGAGACAGUGGGGACCUGCCUGCCUCGUGUGGGACCCUGGAUGAGGGGGAGCGUGAGGAGCUAGACUGGGAGGAGGAGAGGGAGAUGGAGAGACUUGCCUGUGAGGGAGAUGACUUCAUCCCACCCAAAAUCAUGCUGAUCUCCUCCAAAGUCCCCAAGGCGGAGUACGUUCCCACCAUCAUCCGCAGGGAUGACCCAUCAAUUAUCCCUAUCCUCUAUGACCAUGAACAUGCUACGUUUGAUGAUAUCCUCGAGGAGAUUGAGAAGAAGCUAACAGCCUACAGGAGAGGCAGCAGAAUCUGGAGGAUGCUCAUCUUCUGUCAGGGAGGUCCAGGGCAUCUGUACCUGUUGAAGAAUAAAGUGGCCACAUUCGCCAAGGUGGAGAAAGAAGAGGACAUGAGCCAGUUCUGGAGGAGGCUGAGUCGGUUCAUGAGCAAAGUGAACCCUGAACCCAACCUCAUCCACAUUAUGGGCUGCUACGUCCUGGGAAACCCCAAUGGAGAGAAGCUGUUCCAGAAGUUGAAGAACCUGAUGAGGCCUUACUCCAUCGAAUUUGAGUCGCCACUGGAGCUGUCUGCGCAGGGAAAAGAGAUGAUUGAGAUGUACUUUGACUUCCGUGUCUUCCGCCUGUGGAAAGCCCGCCAGCACUCCAAACUCCUGGACUACGAGGAUCUUUUAUGACGGGGCUCCUCGUCACGUCCGUCCUGGAGCAUACAUGCAGUCUCUACUGGGACAGGAGGACCUACUGAACACCACUGCUCAACUCAACCCUACUGCUCAGCCCCACUGUAACAUCUAUCACACCUGCUUUCAUCCAGGAGAGGACUGGGAGAUGGGGGGUGAUGAGGAGGAGGACGAAGAGGUGACAGGAGUGAUAGAGAGGUCGAGGAGGAGGCGAGGGGUGACAUGGCAGCUGUCAUGGCGCUGUGUGUGUCACCCAUUAUUUAUUUCAACCCGCCUCUUCACCGCCUUCGCAACCACUAAGGGUCGAGGGUCAAAAAGAGCGACACCCAAGCAGAAGGGAUGCGAGAAGGACAACAAGACCUGAAGAUGGAGAGAAAGAGUGAACGAGUAGAACGGGAGAGAGAUCUUCUGUGCUCUUGCUCUCUCCCUUUAUGAAACGAGGAACAAAAACAUGUAUUAUCAUGUUUGAGGUGCUCAUAGCACUUUAACGGGCAAUUGUCUGGUUCUGUUCUGGUUGGACCUCUCAGAGAAAUCUGGAUUGGAAAAGCAAAAUUCAAUCCAUAUGUCGGUGUGUAUGUAUACAACACAUGAAUAUAGUCUAGCUCAUUCUCACUCUGUAAGAAUAUGAUACAUUGGUUAUGUUUGCUGUUUCUUCGGAAUUCUCCUCAAUAACUCAGGUUUUAGCCAUGAAAUCAUCUGAUCCCCAGAUAUUGUAAUCCUCAUUGCCAUUGCUUGGGAUGAAUGUAUAUAUCAUUUAUCUUCUAUCUAUUUCAACUGAUUCAGCUCCAGAGCCAAAAGUGUAGGGGCGAUGUCACAAAUACAUAUGUGUCUGUGCAUGUGCGUUCACAGGUCCGUGUGCGUGCGUGCGUUCGUGUGUGUGUGGCUGCGUGCGUGUGCGUUUUCCCUCUCUGAUAUAGCCAUGCUGAACCAUUUCACACCACAGAGUGAAGUCACUGGCACACACUUCCAGCAGAUGCGUUGUGAUGUCAGACCUGGUAUCAUGGCCAAUAGCUCAAGCAAAACCCCUAUCAGUGUUACCCGGUGGAUCCCUUUCUACUGUCUCCAUCGGGGUGAUGCCCUUUAAAUGGCGCAUGUCAAUGCCUUCCAUCAGUAGCUGUACUCCAUCUAGCCUCAAGCCUGUUGGUUGCUCUCACCAUCAGCUAGACAGUCCUGGCUCCCCCUCAGGACCCAUUCCCCCACCGGGCCUUGGUCCAGUCAGAAAAUAGGACCUUAAUGAAUUGGUUCUGAUCUUCAUCAUUCCAAGCCAUUAAGGAGCCAUCUGGGGCUCAGCAGAGUUAUGUGCUGUAAUGUAUAUGCACCGAGGGGAGAGAGUAGUGUGUGUGUGUGUGUGUGUGUGUGUGUGUGUGUGUGUGUGUGUGUGUGUGUGUGUGUGUGUGUGUGUGUGUGUGUGUGUGUGUGUGUGUGUGUGUGUGUGUGUGUGUGUGUGUGUGUGUGUGUGUGUGUGCGUGCGCGCCCAUCAGCAUCACACCAUAACACUACUGUAUCAAGAACACUGGGGGCAGACAGUCAGACGGCCA